AUGUCAGUCGAAGCAAAAACGUUCACGAACAAAUCUAAUGGCGAAACAUUCACAAAAGGCACUUACAACGGUAUUGAAGUCUUACGUAGAGACAAGGAUGGUUAUAUAAAUGCAACAAAGAUGUGUCAGCAGUUUAGGAAAGACUUUAGAAGGUUGUUGGAAAAUAAGUCCUGGGAAGAGUAUUUUAAGGCAUUUUGUGAAGAAUAUACCAACCCGCGGAAAACGGCGGGUUGCUUUUUAUACAAAGUUCAUGCAGGAAUUCCGGAUGAAAUCAAACAGGUUAGAGGAAUGUAUGUAGACCCAAGACUCGUAAACUAUAUUGCAAUGUGGGCUUCUCCAAAAUAUUGUAUAGCAGUUGGAAAAAUUAUGGACUCCAUAGACAAGAAAGUUCAUGAGAAGUUAGAUGAAGAAGAACUUGAAGAUACAGUAGAGAAUGCAAAACCUUUGUUUGAAGAAGAA